UUUUUCUUGUCAUUCGGCGCGAGCUUGACAAUCUUCCUGAGUUGAAGCGCAGCGUUUGCUUAAUCCAGAUUUUGCCUACAUAACUAUUUUUACUCUGGUUUUACGUCUCUUCAUGUAGCAUAAAUGCCGAAACUUUUGCAAAAAGCUCUGGGUUUAGUUUCCGCCUGCUUCUCCGUUUGUUGCUAGGCGAUGGACGGACAGCAGAUCCUGGUGAGCGACCAAGAACCCAAAGCCCUGCGAGAAGACACGCGGAGAAGGAGGAGAAAGAAGGCCAUCAUGUCGACGUCCUGCACCUCCAUGGAUCAGAUCAGCGUUGAGUUUGUCCUCCCUACGGCGGCGCAAGGCGGAAACAGCCCCGACACUCUGCUGCUGGAGGUGGCUGGAAACUGGACGGUGGAACAGGUGAAAGCUCAGGUGUGGCUGAAGGCGGUGACUUUGAACCUCUGUCAGGACUUCUACCAGCGCUUUUCCCCGGACCACUGCAUCCUGCUCUACCAGAAGAAAGGCAACGUGUGCGAGAUCUACGAUAAGCACCAGGUGUUCCAGACGCUGGACUGCAUCCGUUACUGGAGAGCCCUGAAGAAGGAGGUGGGGCGCAUCCAGCUGGUUCCCCGCCCGCAGCCCUCGGACGAGUCCCAGCAGUACCAGCGCUACCUCAACUACCUGAUUGGCUACGACGUGACUGAUGUCAGCAACGUACACGACGAUGAGCUGGAGUUCACCCGCAGGAAGCUGCUGACGCCGCGACGCAUCCAGCUGUCUGAGCGGGACGCAAAACUAUACUCCAUGGACCCCUGGGUCACCCGCAAGCCGCUGCCCGAGCACCUGCUCAGCAAGAUCAGCAACGGGCACAUUCUGGUGGUGAUCCACAUCGGCACAGCCAGCCAAACCAUCAAGGUCUCCAUCGACAACACGCCAGCACAGGUAUUGGUGAGCUUUCUCGCCAAGACAGCAAAUAAGAGAAGUUUGCUGGGCAUUCCUGACAACAUGUGCGAGGCCGACUUUGUGCUACGUGUGUGUGGAAGGGAGGAGUACCUGUACGGGGAUAAACCGCUGCAGGACUUUAACUGGAUCCGUCAGUGCCUGAAGAACGGGGAGGAAAUCCACCUGGUUCUGGAGGCACCACCAGAUACAGACCUGGAUCUGGUUCAGAAGGAGGACUGGGCACAAGUGGAUGACUGCACCGGAGUUGCAGGUACCCAUGAGCAGUUGACCAUCGAUGAGAAGGACCAUGAACGAGUGUUCACCAUCUCCAUGUGGGACUGUAACAGGAAGUUCAGAGUGAAGGUGCUGGGUAUCGACAUACCAUCUCUCCCCAAAAUCCCAGAGUUUAUUGUCUUCAUAGAAGCCAGCAUCUUCCACGGCCAACAGCUUUUAGCCCAGGAGAGGACGUCCUCUAAAACCUUCAAUGAAGAAGUGCUGUGGAACUGCUGGUUGGAGUUCAACAUUAAGAUCAAGGACCUGCCUAAAGGAGCACGACUCAACCUCCAGGUGGUCUGCAGGAAGCAGUCCCAGACGCCAAACUCCAAGGGAUCCUCAGCCUACCAGGAUAAUACAGCGGGAACAGGCAGCCAUGACGGAAAGAUCAAGAGUCGUCUUCUGUACUACGUCAACCUGCUGCUGAUCGACCAUCGCUCCCUGCUGCGCCAGGGCGAGUUCAUCCUCCACAUGUGGAAAAUGCCCGAGAAGAGCGAGGAGAGCAGCAGCAGCAUCAACGCAGACAAGCUCACCUCGGCCACCAACCCCGACAAGGCCUCGGCCAUGGCCGUCGCCAUCCUGCUGGACAAGUACUGCUACCCCGUGGUGCUGCCCAAGAGUCGGGACGUGGGCCGGGACGCCGCCGCCAGCGCUGGCUGCGACGACGCCGAGGAAGGGGAGCGUGGUCAGAGAGAGAUGCCCAACCACCUGAAGAAACAGUUUGAGGCGAUUGUGGCCACAGACCCCCUGCAUCCGCUCAGCCCUGAAGACAAAGAGCUUCUGUGGCACUUCAGGCAUGAGUGUAUGCGCGACCCCAGGGCCUACCCAAAACUCCUGGGUUCAGUCAGGUGGGGGAAACAGGAAGAUGUUUUGGCAACACACCGUCUGUUGGAGCGCAGCAGCGCGUGGGACAGCAGUGGUCUGGACGUUGGUCUGGCCAUGCAGCUGCUGGACUGCCACUACUCAGAUGCUCAGGUUCGCUCAAUGGCCGUCAGGAAGCUGGAGACGCUGGAAGAUGAUGAUGUGCUCAGAUACCUUCUGCAGCUCGUACAGGCGGUCAAGUUUGAGCCCUACCAUGACAGUGCCCUGGUCAGGUUCCUGCUGAAGACAGCUCUGAGAAGUAAGCGUAUCGGUCAUUUUCUCUUCUGGUUCCUGCGCAGUGAGAUCGCUCAGUCCAUGCAUUACCAGCAGAGGUAUGCUGUCCUGCUGGAGGCCUACCUCAGAGGCUGUGGUGAGGACAUGCUGCAGGACUUCAGGAAACAGGUGGAGAUGACGGAGGCUCUGCAGAAAGUCACCCGUGAGGUCAAGGCCAUGUCUGCUGACAAGUGUGAUAUUACAGCACAAGUGGUGUUUCAGUUGCGUCAGAAACUGGAGACCCUGCAGUCGUCCGGUCUGCCGAAGAGUUUCCGAGUCCCUUAUGAUCCUGGACUGAGAGCUGGAGCCCUGCUGAUCGAGCAGUGUAAAGUGAUGGCGUCUAAGAAGAAGCCACUGUGGCUGCAGUUUAAAAGGGCCGACCCCACCACUCUGUCCAAAGACCCCAUCGGCAUCAUCUUCAAAGACGGCGAUGACCUCCGACAGGAUAUGCUCAUCCUGCAGAUUCUGCUGAUCAUGGAGUCGAUCUGGGAGACGGAAUCACUGGAUCUCUGUCUGUUACCAUACGGCUGCAUCUCCACUGGAAACAAAAUAGGUAUGAUUGAGACUGUGAAGGACGCCACCACCAUCGCUAACAUCCAGCAGAGUGUUGUGGGAAGCACCGGAGCUUUUAAAGAUGAAAUCCUCUGUCAGUGGCUGCGAGACAAGUGCGUCAGCGAGGACAAGUUCCAGCAGGCUGUGGAGAGGUUCCUGUAUUCCUGCGGUGGCUACUGUGUGGCUACCUACGUUCUGGGUAUUGGGGAUCGCCACAAUGACAACAUCAUGAUCACUGAAUCUGGGAAUCUCUUCCACAUCGACUUUGGUCACAUCCUGGGGAAUUACAAGAGUUUCAUGGGAAUCAGUAAGGAGUGGGUUCCCUUUGUGCUCACACCAGACUUCCUGUAUGUCAUGGGAACAUCGGGAAAGAAAAGUAGCCCCCACUUCCAGAAAUUCCAGGAUGUGUGCGUGAAGGCUUACCUCGCCCUUCGGCACCACACCAACCUGCUCAUCAUCCUCUUCUCCAUGAUGCUGAUGACCGGCAUGCCCCAGCUGACCAGCAAGGAGGACAUCGAGUACAUCCGCGAGGCGCUGACAGUCGGCCGCAGCGAGGACGAGGCGCAACGCCACCUCCUGGACCAGAUAGAGAUCUGCAGGGAAAAGGGCUGGAUGGUUCAGAUCAACUGGUUUGUUCAUCUGGUGUUGGGGAUCAAGCAGGGUGUAGAGAAACGGUCCACUUAGGACUCUGUGUAACGUAGGACAGAUUAAGAUUUCCUUAACGCAUUUAAAAAAAAAAAUGUAUUUGAUGUAAAUAAGUCUUACAAGAAGGUUCCAAUAGAAGACUGAAAAGUCACUUUUUAAAGUCUUGGUAUACCUGCAAACACAGAUUUUAAAUUUUAUACCACGGGUCAUCUGAAAUAUAGUCAUUUUUAUGAAGAAGAAUAUCAGCAGAUGAAUGAUUUAGAAAUGGGAUAUGAAAAUCACAUUAAAAAACAAAACAUUUCAACUAUGGAAAAAGGCUGGAUCUUGAGUCUGGAAGAGUGAUUUUAACCCGAGACACUGCAUGUACGCAGACUUGGCACCAAGAUCCAUAAGUGCUAAAUGAAAUGUGAUGAAUUAUAUUAUAUGUUGAGGAGACAAGGAACAGGAUAUAAAUCCAAG